AUGGUUAUCAACCAUAUCCAAGUCCCUCGAGCUCUCCAAGAUAUUCUCAAGGGACUUCACAAAGUUUUCAACGUAGAGGCAAUUCCCAGCAACAGAACCAAGGACGAUUUCAACCAAGACACCCCAACAAUGGUGGCAGAGGCCAUGGAUUCAAUGGCCAGUGGACACUCCCAAUCUGGUCGUUUUCAGCCAGGACAAAACUAUCAAGGCAGAGGCCAAUCACAGCAACAAAACAGUCAAAAUUUCUAUGCUGAGUCGCAUUACAAUCAAGAAGCUGAAAGCUUUGCUGCGGAAUGCAGCGUUCCGGAAUGGAACCAAGACGGAAUGUCUUAUGGCGGAAUGCCAAGUGCCAAGCAGUACCAGCAUCAGGAACAAUAUUAUCAAGCUGAAGAAAAUCAGCAAUGGAAUGAUCAAUACAACUAUGAACAAGAAGAAUAUUAUCCUGAAGAACAGGAGGCGCACGAACAUUUUUCCUGUCAGAUGGACUUGCUCUACAGACCUGAAUGGGUGCCUCAACGCCCUGUCUGUUUCAAUGAGCAAUCCCUGAGAUCAAAUCUACGUUGGCUAUGGUCUGCCUUUGGGCACCAGCGACUCUGGGCCUCAGCCUCUGGAAUAAGCAGUAGUCUUAUUCAAUCAAAGGUCUUACUUUAUUAUUUCCUAUACUUGCUUGGACCUCAAUGUCCACAAUAUUAUUCUUGCCAGAACUCAAUCAAUAGUGAGACUCUCAAUUGA